AUGUGCCCGGCGCCGGAAGAGAAGCGGGUCUCUUCGGGGCCGGCCAUCUUGUGCGGCAGCGAGCAGGGCGCGGGGGGCCCGGCAGCAUCGGAGGAGGAUCCCGCCGACGGGGGCCCAUCAUGCCCGGACACCUGCAGGAGGGCUUCGGCUGCGUCGUCACCAACCGCUUCGACCAGCUCUUUGAUGACGAGUCCGACCCCUUCGAGGUGCUGCGGGCGGCCGAGAGCCGGAGGAAAGAGAGCGGCGGCGGCGGCGGGAGCCAGGGGGGCGGCGGGGCCCGCGGCGGCCCGGCGGGCGCCCAGACCAACUCCUCCGGCGGGGCCGGCGGCGGCGGCGGCGGCCCGGGUCAGGCGGGCGCCGGCGGCGGCCCCGGCAGCGCGGCCAAGCAGCUGCGCAGGGAGUCCCAGAAGGAGCGCAAGAACCCGCUGCCCCCCUUCGCCGCCUCCGCCGGGGGCGCCGCCGACCGCCGGGAGGAGGGCAGCGGCCAGCCCGGCGCGCCGCUGCGGAAGGAGGGGAUAAGACGUAUUGGCAGGAGGCCUGAUCAGCAGCAACAGCAGCAACAGCAGGGUGAAGGCAAGCCUAUUGACAGGAGACCAGAGAGACGACCUCCUCGUGAGCGCCGCUUCGAUAAACCUGCUGAUGAGAAAGGCGAAGGAGGAGAAUUUUCUGUUGAUAAACCCAUUCUUGACCGACCUAUGCGUGGACGUGGUGGACUUGGAAGAGGGCGUGGACGCGGCCGUGGAAUGGGCAGAGGAGAUGGGUUUGACUCUCGUGGCAAACGUGAAUUUGACAGACAUAGUGGCAGCGAUAGAUCUUCUGUUUCACAUUCACAUUUCAGCGGCCUAAAGCAUGAGGACAAGCGUGGUGGCAGUGGAUCACACAACUGGGGAACCGUCAAAGAUGAACUAACUGAGUUGGAUCAGUCAGCUGUAACUGAGGAAACGCCAGAGGGAGAGGAACAUCCGCCUGCUGAUUCUGAAAAUAAAGAGAAUGAGGUUGAAGAAGUUAAGGAAGAAGGUCCUAAGGAAAUGACCCUGGACGAGUGGAAAGCUAUUCAAAGUAAGGAUCGUGCAAAAGUUGAGUUCAACAUCCGUAAACCAAAUGAGGGUGCUGAUGGGCAAUGGAAAAAAGGAUUUGUUCUUCACAAGUCAAAGAGCGAGGAGACAAAGGCGAUGACAGAAAUGCAGGGGAGUCUGCUGGAGUCAAAUGAGGCUCAUGCUGAGGACUCUGUAAUGGAUCAUCACUUCCGCAAGCCAGCAAAUGAUAUUACAUCCCAGCUGGAGAUCAACUUUGGAGACCUUGGCCGCCCCGGACGUGGUGGCAGAGGGGGACGGGGUGGCCGAGGACGUGGUGGCAGGGCCAGCCGUGGAGGCAGAACUGACAAGUUGGUUAAGGAGUUUGACGUGAUCCACACACCCAACCAGUCAAGUGCUUCUGCUCCUGAUGUAGAUGACCCAGAGGCUUUCCCAGCUCUGUCCUAAACUGGAUGUCAUAAGCCAACCCUGCCCUCGUCGGGCCUUCCUCUCCGAGGCUUGCAUGCUUAAGGAUCCUAAACAACUAAGAAAUUAAAAAGAAAAAAAAAAAGAGGAGACUGUCAUUCAUACCAUUCACACCUAAAGACUGAAUUUUAUCUGUUUUGAAAAUGAACUUCUCUCGCUACACAGAAGCAACAAUAUGGUAGUCAGUUUUGUAUUUAGAAAUGUAAUGGUAGCAGGGAUGUUUUCAUAAUUUUUUCAGAGAUUAUGCAUUCUUCAUGGAUACUUUUUUGUAUUGCUGCUUGAAAAUAUGCGUUUCCAAACUUGAAAUAUAGGUGUGAACAGUGUGUACCAGUUAAAAGCUUUCACUUCA